CUCAUAAAGUGGCCAAGGUUGGAGAGCCCUGGUUUAGAAGAUGGGGAGAACCUGAGUGGCCUCCUUGGAAAGAUGAUCAAUUGGGUGGACUGAGGAAGCACUUGGAACAGCUGAAAGAGGACUUCCCAGGUUCAGCAAUGGAAGCUCAGCCUGGACGCAGCCGGGCGCCUGAGCCAUUCUCUUCAACACAAAAGUACAAGAAGAGACAUGCAUUGUACAACUUUGUCUUAAUCACCCUGUGAUUUCUUCAGAUCUUCUUGACUUCCUCCUGUGAAGAGGAAGCGAAGCCAGCCUUAAAGAGGAACUCUCUUGGUUCCUUCUGUCCCACCAGAGUUCCUGGUCAAGAAAAAACAGAGAGAGCAUGUGGCUGCUUUGGAUCGUGGCCCUCUUUCGUCUUGCAGCCUUCCAAGGGGUGGAACAUGAUUCCAAAGAGGGAACCAAGAGGGCUCUGCAGGAAUUUCAAGACGGGCUCACCUGGAACAAGACAGUGCUGGAAAAUGAGACAAGCACCACUUGGAGAUCAACGUGGGUGUUUAACACAACCGCUCCACCCCUGACCAUGCAAACCAGCACUGACUACAAAGCCAGGAGGCUGACGGCCCCAACCAUCAUCGUCCGUGCCGAGAACGGGACCUGCCGGGCCCUCCUGAGAUGUGCAGUGCCAGAAGAGGAAGCCGGCAACCUGAAUUUCACCUGGCUCCAGGUCAACGGCAGCGUGGUUCUCUCCACAGCCCAGACGCUGAACAUCACCCAGAAGCCUCAGCAGGGCACCCCGGAUUACGUCUGCAUUGUUCGCAGCCAAGCGGAUGAACGUUCCAGCGUGGUUUCAUUGAAGCAGCAUUGCCAGGAUCCGCCUAUCACCAGCAAAUACCUCUCGGCAUCUUUUUAUGCUAAAUAUAUCGUCCCACUUUUGAUCGUUCUUGUGAUCUUGCUGGUCCUCUUCUUAAUGUAUAGACGAAAAAGAGGGAGAGAAAUCCACAGCAGCAUGGAGUCCAUCAACGAGUCUUCAGACUCCGACAACGAGGUGGGUCCUUCGGUGGAACAGAUGGCAGAGGUCAGCUUCCUUCCCGAGGGCGUUAAACCUCUUCCUCAGAACAACACGUCCAACGCAGAAGCAGCCGUCAGCAACCAGGAAAAGGCCUCCGAUACACCGAAGCAACUUCCAACUCAAGCAUGAUUUUUGCUUCCGAUUCUGGGUCACUGCCUUCUCCCCCAUGUUAUGCAAUGUUAAGGGUGGUGGGAUGGGGGGCUGGCCACCCCAGUAAGAAGCCCUGGAAUGCCCCCCCCCACAGGGGGAGGCACCUCCUGGCUUCCAAGACUGGCAUCUUAUUUCCAACUUCCCUGGUGCCAAAACCGGCACCAAAGGAGCCAUUUUAGUCUUGCUUAGGUUCUCGGCAGUUUUAGCCAGACUCUCUAUCUGGAUAAUUUCCAAGAAUUGGAAGUGGAAAAGACCACACUUGGAAUACUAGAUCCAAUUAUUCUGGUCACCAUGAUACAAAAAAGAGGUUGAGACCCUGGAAAGAAUGCCGAGAAGAGCAACAAAGAUGAUUAGGAGGCUGGAGGUUAAACCACACAAUGAGCAAUGUCCCCAUAUUUGAGGGGCUGCCCCAGAAAGGAGAAAGGGGGGUCAAGCUAUUUUCCAAAGCACCCGAAGGCCAGACAAGGAAGAAUGAAUGGAAACUGACCAAGGGGAGAUUCAACCUAGAAAUAAGGAGAAAUUUACUGACGGUGAGAACAAUCAACCCAUGGAACAGAAGUUGCCUUCAGAAGUUGUGGGAGCUUCAUCCCUGGAGGCUUUCAAGAAGAGACUGGACUGCCAUCUGUCAGAAAUGGUGUAGGGUCUCCUGCUUGGAUGGGGGUCAGACUAGAUGACCUACAAGGUCCCGUCCAACUCUGUUAAUCUGUAAAAUCUGUAAACAAUUGAGGGAACCAGGAAUAUCUACCAUGACAAAGAGAAGGACUAGGAGUGACAUAAGACAAUCUUCCAAUAUUUGAGGGGCUAUCACAGAGAAGAGGGGGUCAACCUAUUCUCCAAAGCACCUGAAGGCAGAACAAGAAGCCAUGGAUGGAACAUUAUGAGAGAUCCAAUUUAAAAUUAAGCGAGAAAUUUCCUGAUUGAUGCAAAUUUAUCAAUGGACCGGCUUGCCUUCAGAAGUUGUGGAUGCUCCAUUACUGGUUUUCAAGAAGAGAUUGGACAGUCAUUUGUCCAGAAUGGCCUUGAGCAUGGGGUUGGACUAGAAGACCUUCAAGGUCCCUUCUGACCCUAUUAUUCUAUACCAGUGAUGGCUAACCUGCAUGUGUACGCAACCCCCCCACGACCCCUGUGAGGGGUGGGAUUCAAAAAUUUUAGCAACCUGCACCACGGCAGAGUGGGGGACAUUUUCACCCUCCCUGGGCUCCGGAGGUUUUCCUCGAGCCUCUGGGAAGACGAAAACCGCCUCCCCUGAGCUCCGGAGGCCCUCUGGAGGCUGGAAACAGGCCCGUUUCUGGACUUCCCGAGAGGCCCGUUUUUCACCCUCUCCACUUCCGGAAUGUGUGCACUGUUUCCACCUGCACUCCCCCUGCCCCCCUGCGAAUGUGCACGCGACCCCCAUGCAUGUGCACCAGGGGUGGGUUAUACUUAUCUUUACUACCGGUUUGCAAUGGGGCUGCGCAUGCGCAAUAGCAUUUUCAUGACGUCAGCGUCAGUGGGCGGAGCCUCCCACCAGUUUUACUACUGGUUCUAUAGAACCUGUGCGAACCGGGGGCAACCCACCACUGAUGUGCACGCAUCUCUUGCAUGCGUCCCAGCCCCUGCGCCUCCCAAAAAUCAGCUGGCUGGCGGGAGGCAGGGUGAACAUGAGUUGGGCGAUGGCUCAGUUGACUGUAGAGAGGGCUCUGUGGGCCAGCUGUGGCACGCCUAGGUUGCCACAGCUGGUUGCUGUAGGAUAGGUUCACCAUCACGGUCCUAUAUUGUAUGUUCCAAGUUGCAUGCACCAUAUUAUGAAGUUUCUGCUCUUUAAGUGGGAAGUGAAGUGAGUUGCCAUUCUGGGCGUCUGAGGCCUUGUUCCACUCCCCUUUGAUGUUGGGCAUUUGUGUGAAACCACUCGUAGGAGUCCUUCACCAAUUCUGAGUGAUGUAUCAUCAGUCUGUAGGUGAUACCCAGUUAUCUAGGCCUAUCAUGGUUUGAAUGGAAAUCACCGUGGAAACCCCAACUGGGUCUCUAAAGGUUGUCAUGGUCUGGAUGAGUCAGACUCAGCAAGAGAGUGGCUACAAAAUGGAAUAAAUAAUCUUGAAAUAGGAAAAAAGCAAAAUGGAGAAUGUAGUUUUGCAACCAUUAUAAAAUGAACUGCAAUAUUUCAACAUUGCAAAAAGGGGAUGGAGAGAGAAAUAGGUUUGCCCUAUCUAACCUCUGGCUUCCAGAAACUUGCAAGAGAGAUACCAUCUAUUUUAUUUAUUUAUUUAUUGGUUUGAUUUAUAUGCCGCCCUUCUCCGGAGACUCAGGGCGGCUUACAUUGCGUUAAGCAAUAGCCUUCAUACAUUUUGUAUAUAUUGUAGGGCUUUUGGCCCCCCCUAAGCGGUGUUCUUUUUAAACAAAGUCAGCUUAUUGCCCCAUCUCUUCUUUCUCUGGAGAAGCCAAAAGUUCUUACGGGAACAUCAAAACCUGAGGAGCAUCUCAUGAUAUGUCUUGUCCUGUAUUCCCACCAUUGUGACGCCUGUCUUUCAGGGGCUAAAAAUUCAGCUUGGUCAGCCUACUGUGGAAACCCCACCAGGGGGUAAAAAACAACUCCCGAAUUGCAGUGGUUCCCUUGAUUAAAGGUAAAGGUUCCCCUCGCACAUACGUGCUAGUCGUUCCUGACUCUAGGGGGCAGUGCUCAUCUGUUUCAAAGCUGAAGAGCCAGCGCUGUCCGAAGACGUCUCCGUGGUCAUGUGGCCGGCAUGACUCAAUGCUAAAGGCGCACGGAACGCUGUUACCUUCCCACCAAAGGGGGUCCCUGUUUUCUCUACUUGCAUUUUUACCUGCUUUCAAACUGCUAGGUUGGCAGAAGCUGGAAUAAGUAACAGGAGCUCACCCCAUUAUGCAGCACUAGGGAUUCAAACCGCUGAACUGCCAACCUUUCAAUCGACAAGCUCAGCAUCUUAGCCACUGAGCCACCGCAUCCCUUGAUAAGGAACAGACAAAAUCUGACUAGGAAGUUGUGGUAAUAUUGUAAUGUUGAUAAUAUUGUUCUACUAACUAGAGCAUACAAAACCUUUGCUAGACCAAUUCUUGAAUACAGCUCAUCUGUCUGGAACCCACACUACAUAUUGGGCAUUAAUACAAUUGAGCAAGUCCAAAGAUAUUUCAGGAGAAGAGUCCUCCACUCCUCUGCUUGCAACAGAAUACCUUAUGCCACCAGACUUCAAAUUUUGGUCUUAGACAAUUUAGAACUAUGCCACCUUUGGUCUGAUCUAAGCGUAGUACACUAAAUUAUCUGCUACAACAUCCUACCUAUCAAUGACUACUUCAGCUUCAACCACAACAAUACAUGAGCACACAAUAGAUACAAACUUAAGGUAAACCGCUCCAAACUCAAUUGCAGAAAAUACGACUUCAACAACAGAGUGGUCAGUGCCUGGAAUUCUCUACCUGACUCUGGUUUCUUCCCCAAACCCCCCAAAACUUUAACCUUAGAUUGUCUACUGUUGACCUCACCCCAUUCCUAAGAGAUCUGUAAGGGGCAUGCAUAAGUGCACCAGCGUGCCUACCAUCCCUGUCCUACUGUCCCCAUUUAUUCAUAUCAAUUUCCUGUAUUCAUAAUCAUGUUUAUACUUAUAUCUGUUACCUUAUACAUGCUUGACAUAUACAUAAAAAUAAAAAUAAAUAAAUGCCAAGAAAAUU